AUGUCUGAUAUUGAAGACUACGCUUACUCUCCCUACGACGAUCUCGAGGACAUCCUCUGGGACGCAGACCCAACUCCAGAGUUGGCCGACGACCUCGCCGAGCAUGCUGUACACAGUCCUGUGUACCAAGAGGAGGAUGCAGUCAAGAACGAGACGAGUGAAUAUUACAGCGACUGGGAAUACUACUCGGAUGACUAUAUGGACGAUGAUCCCACGUUGCUGAGAAAAAAUCCCCAAGGUGGCGCCCCUACAAAACACAACCUCAUCGCUGCCCAGGACUCCAGAAGGGGAAAGAAGAGAAAGUUGAUCGAGACAACUAGCAUCCCUCCUUCAGGAUUGGACGAGGCCAAGCUGUUGACUAUUGGCAUCAAGGGUACGAUUUGGGCCCACUCGACUGGGCGACAGACGCCAGCGUACAAAGAUGGCCAGGAGGAGAAGGUGGCUCUCAUGAAGAAUUGGAAGGAGAUCUUCGCCAUCAAGGACAAUGGCUGGGCCCAAUCCCACACGCAAGCUGAGGCGGACGAGAGUUGGGCAAAUGACAUGAGUCUAGCAGAUAUGGGUCUCAAACAUGUCCAUCGGCAGCCCUCAUCCGAUCACAAAACUCAAGAUGCUGAAGCUGAAGUUGAAGAGGACGAUGAAUAUGCAGAAAGCGUUGCAGGAGGAGACCCCAACGAAGAACUGAAUGAAGAGACAAUGAUUUCGAAGGAAAGGCACGGACCAAAUUCUACCAACCCCGGCCAUGCUGUUGUUGGCAAAGAAGACGACGAAGGGGGCGGAGAAUGCUCUCAGCUCAGCCAGGAUAGUCUCAGGUCGGGAGGCAUGGUGUCACAGUUGGAAGUGUUGAGUGAGGAUGAGGUACCCCGGAAACGUCGCCGAGUCAAGGCAGAUCUCCCAUCCCCACCAGAUUCCAGUAAAACUGUGGUUGCCGACGCGGACGAACCUGAAGACACCACUAAAGCCGCCACACGUCACAACAGCACACCUGUGGUCAAUGGAAUGAGGAUCUCGCGAGUCCAAUUGACAGACAUUCACGAAUCGGGCUCUCGAAAGGAGAACAAAAGAAAGGCAACGGAGGAGCUUGAUGAGGUUGACCAUGCCAAAUCAACGGCCGGCCGAGCAAAGAGGGUAGCUUCAAAGGCCGCACGAAAUCCUCAAGACGUUGCCACCACCACACGCUCUGCUCAUUAA